UUGUUGUGAUCUAAUAUGGCGGAACGUAGUGUUGUGGCUGCUGAGUGUCUACGUCAGUUCAGUCCAAUAUUAAACUCGCUAUUGGAAUGACAACGCAGUAACAAAAAAACGGUUAACCAUAAUAUUAACAAGUAUUAACGUUUGAUUGCCGCUAUUUAUCAGGCUCCGUAAACCUGUAGUCCACGUGACCGUCAGUGAAAUCGUCAGAGGGUUCGUGUGAAUUUCUUCUUCCCAAUCCAAUCGCAACUUUCGCAUGAACCGAGAGUUUGCUGUUAAUUGCAUUAUUGCACAUAAAUUAAUUGGUAAUCAAUAAAUAAAUGAGUCGAUGAGGAGUUUAUUUUAUCGUUGAGACAUUUGUGGAUGACUUCAGGGGAUAAAUAAAGGACAAAUACGGGGGAGCAAUUUAUUCUCAUCAUUAUUAUGAUGAUUAUUCGUGGUUGAGUGAAAAGGAAAAAAAAAACCGAAAUAAAAAAAAAGUGCCAAACUGAUCUUAAUAUACAUAAAAAGAGAGUUUUUGACAUUUUUAUUAAUAAAUAAAAUAAAUAAUUAAUUGAUAUUGAUUUCCCGCGUGUGGAAGUGAAGACAGAACAAUAUCUCUCAUUCUCUCUCAUUUUCCAUUUCGCAGAGAUGUGUGUGUAGUUACAUAUAUCUAUAUAUACACAUAUAUAUAUACAAAACCUAUAUAUGCAGAUAUAUGUGAUAUAUAUGUCUGUAUUUGUGGCCAAGUCCACAAGAGACUUAUGCAACCUGCGCAUAUAAACAUACUAUUCUUGUAAAUAAACAAGGAAAAGGAGAACAACCCCGAAUGGUUUGAUUCCUGAGAAGGGUGAAGAGAGAAACGUGAGUGAACAAAGUGAAAUAUUAUUGGAGUCCGGUGGUUUUUCUUUCCCUGAUCGAACAUAAUCAGACUACAGAUACAUUUGGUCAACAUCACAGUGAAUUUAGUUGAUCAUUAUCUGGAUUUAUAUCGAAUAAUUUUCAUUACUUAGUAGAGAGACCGGGUAAAGUGCCAUUGAGUGACCGUAAGUGGUGGUGGUGUAUCUUUUGGCCUCGAUGAUAAUUCUGAAACACACUGAAUGUCAAUGUGGAUAUUGUUGCAAUUAUUUUCGAUAUAAUGAUAAUAACAUAAGAUGCACGUAAUAAGAAGAAAGACAGAUUAGUAGUGUUUUUUUUUUCAGUUUACUUAUUUAUCAAUUUUUUAAAUUGUAUUUAUUUUUCCGGAGAAAUAAUGUAUCUGUGUUUGGGUAGAAUGGAUCGUGCGAUUUUUUCAGUCGUUUGAGUGAUUCAAGGACACGAUUCACUGAGGAUUCAUUAAGAGUGGAUAAGGGAAAUUGAUUAAUUUUUUUUAUUGUCGUUGGAAUUAAGAAGGGAAAAAAAAAUGACGGAUACUAGGAGAAGAGUCAAGCUUUAUGCGCUGAAUGCAGAUAGACAGUGGGAUGAUCGUGGCACUGGUCACGUGUCGUCACCUUAUGUUGAUCGACUCAAGGGAAUUUCGUUGCUCGUCAGAGCUGAGAGUGAUGGAUCAGUGCUUUUGGAGAGCAAGAUUCAACCUGAUACUGCCUAUCAGAAGCAACAGGACACCUUAAUAGUCUGGUCAGAAGGUGACAACUUCGAUUUGGCCCUGAGUUUUCAAGAGAAAGCCGGUUGCGACGAAAUUUGGGAGAAAAUUUGUCAGGUCCAGGGGAAGGAUCCGUCCGUAGAAAUAACCCAGGACAUUGUUGAAGAGUCUGAGGAUGAGCGUUUUGAUGACAUGUCAGACUCAGCUCCGCCGAUUGAACUUCCUCCAUGUGAACUUUCACGUCUCGAGGAUAUUAACGAGCUCAUUGGCAAUUGCCUGUCCACACCAGUUCGAAAAGAAAAGCUCGCAAUGGCCCUGGAAUCUGAAGGCUACAUAAAGAAGCUUCUUAAUUUGUUUCACACCUGCGAAGACAUAGAGAAUAUUGAGGGCCUGCAUCAUCUUUACGAUAUCUUCAAAAAUAUAUUUCUCUUGAACAAAAAUGCUCUGUUCGAAGUUAUGUUCUCUGAGGAUGUAAUUUUUGAUGUAGUUGGUUGUCUCGAGUACGAGCCAACUCUCACCCAACCAAAAAGACAUCGGGAGUAUCUUCGUCAAUUAGCGAGGUUCAAACAAGCUAUACCAAUAACAAAUGCAGAAUUAUUGGCUAAAAUUCAUCAAACUUAUCGUGUCCAGUAUAUCCAAGAUGUUGUACUACCAACUCCAAGUGUCUUCGAGGACAAUAUGCUGAGUACACUAAGUAGUUUUAUAUUUUUUAAUAAAGUUGAAAUAGUCACGCUAAUCCAGGACGACGAGAGAUUUCUGACAGAAUUGUUUCGACAAUUGACUGAUGAAUCAACAUCAAUCAGUAAACGACGUGAUCUUGUGUUGUUUCUCAAGGAAUUUUGUAAUUUCUCGCAAAAUUUACAGCCACAGGGCAAGGAGGCAUUUUAUCGUACCCUUACAGCUCUGGGAAUACUUCCUGCCUUGGAGAUAACACUGGCUAUAAAUGAUGCACAAAUUAAGACAGCUAGUAUAGAUAUUCUUACUUAUAUUGUGGAAUAUUCACCGAGUGUUGUUAGAGAUUAUACUCUUCAACAGAUUAAUAAUACUGAGCCUGAUCAGAUGCUGAUUAAUGUCAUUGUGGCACAAUUAGUUGGUGAUAAUGAUCCGGAACUCGGUGGAGCUGUACAACUUGCUGGGGUCCUUCGUUUACUCCUCGAUCCUGAGAACAUGAUGGCCACUGUCAAUAAAACGGAGAAGACUGAUUUUCUCAACUAUUUCUAUAAAAAUACUAUUGUGACGCUCAUCGAACCACUAUUGAGGAACACUGUUGGAGAUAAACCAGUCAGGGAAGACUACAGAACUGUGCAGUUGCUUGGAUUAAUACUCGAACUGCUAUCGUUUUGUGUGGAACAUCACAUGUAUCAGAUUAAGAAUUGCAUUUUUAACAAGGAUCUGCUUAGGAGAAUACUUAUUUUAAUGAAAUCCACACACACGUUUCUAGUAUUAUGUGCGCUGAGGUUCAUGAGAAAGAUUAUUGCGCUUAAGGAUGAAUUUUAUAAUAGGUAUAUUAUUAAGGGGAAUCUUUUUGCUCCUGUGUUUGAUGCUUUUGCGAGGAACAAUGGGCGAUAUAAUCUACUCGACUCAGCAAUUUUGGAGAUGUUUGAAUUCAUCAAAUUGGAGGACAUAAAAUCAUUGUGCUCCCACGUGGUGGAAAACUUUUCGAAAGAGUUGGAGACAAUUGAUUAUGUACAAACUUUUAAAGCAUUGAAGAUAAAAUACGAACAACAUCAAGAUAAACUCAAAGAUCGUGACAGAGCUACGCUAGAAAGCGUACCAUCAAUUUUACGAAAUAGUCGAUAUCGGCGUGAUCAGAGGCAGCUCGAUGAAGACGAGGAGAUGUGGUUUAAUGAAGAAGAGGAUUUUGAUGAGGGCGAGGCAGUUGUACCAGCAGCUGCUGCUGAUUUAGUGCCACCAGCGUCUGCAAAAAAGCAACCGGCGAGUCCAAAUUCUGGACAAAAUCCGAAUCCCAUUCCAGCAGAAUCUAAGGCCCAACAGCAACAAGGCCAGACUGUUCUUAAUAACAACACUCCAAGUAAUAUUUUGGCUACACAACAGUCCCAAGUUAACAACAGUAGUAGUUUAUCUACGGCCAAUGAAUCCUCCAUUUCAUCUGGAAUCAUUAAUGCCUCUACUGAUAGCGUGGAGAAACCUACCACAACUGUUUUCAAAAAGGGAUUGGUGGAUUACGAAGGGGAUUCAGACGAGGAAGACGAUGAUUCAGAGCUCAGCCCAUCGCCAAAGAGGCAGCGACUUUCAUAGUAGACACAAUUGCCUUUUUUCUGAGAAUAUCACCAUUACCAUUAAUUCUCUCAGCAAAACAAAAACUCCCUCAAGCUGAUUCCAGAUUGACUCCACCUGUUUAUUCUUUUUCAUAACCAUUUUUGUACUAUUUUCUCUUUUAUGAUUUUUCUUAUCAACGGUUCAAGGCUGAAUAUACUGCUUCAAACAACAAAAUAUGUUUUGAAUAAUUAAUAUCAAUCAAUCGAGGUGCAGAGCUCGAUUUAUGGACUGAGAACGAACAGGAAGAAUCAUUAUGGUUUUCCCCUCAAUGUAGUUUGUAUAGUAGAAGUCUAAUUGCCUGCCCGUACGAAAUUUUGUACAAUUUAAUUGAGGAAACAAAAAAAAACAAAUCAAUUUUUUUUUAACGAAAAAUAAAAAAUAUAAAGAGAAACCUCAAUAUGAAGCCGCUGCGAAUAUUUGCAGAUGAAAAACGCAUCAAUAGAUUUAACGAGAGUGAAUGAAUUAUAGAAAAGAAAUGAAUCAGAUAUAACAACGUGAUUGUAUGAGUUUGUCACACAAACAAGCAGAUGAGCGAGUUUGAAAAAUUGAUAAGACAACUUUAGACUAUCUUGGCUAAGAUAAAUACUUAUUUAUGCGCAAUCAUACGCCUAUGUUGUGUGAAGCGAAUAGUGAAUUUUUGAAGAGAAAAAAAAAAAGUUAGUAGUCCCAAUUUUUCCGUUUUUAAUGUGUCCUACAAGAUGAAUAAAUUCAUGUUCUAUAAAUUAAAUCGAGUAAGGAUUACAGAAUGAAAUGAAUAAACAUUAUUAAUAUACUUGCACGGCGGCAAUUAUAUAUGAAUUUUUCAUACUAACUAUUGUUUAUUACAGCAACGAAUUCUGGAUGAUGGGAGGGGAGGGAGGGCUUAGGUAGUUUAUUUAUUAUUAUUAUUAUUACUAUUCUUCAUUUCAUUAUGGUGUUGCAUGAAUAAAGGGCUUUGAGAUUGUUUUCGUAAAAAAAAUCAGAAUUCAAUGAUUGGGAAAGAUUUCUUUCUGAUUCAUUAUUGAGGGAAGAGACGAAAAAUUCUGAUUUUUGUCUUGCUAAUCCGUUCAGUCUGGUUUUUACUGGGGAGAUGAUUUUAGAUUUCUGGGCAAGUUUUCUGGAAAUAGCUUGAGACAAUGAUAAUGCAGUUGAGGGAAAAAGUGAGAAGAAUUUUUCGGUGAGACAUGAAUUUAAAGCGAUGAAAAAUCUAGUUUUUUUCUAAUGGAAUGACUCGUUACUGAGGCUAUUCAACCGUAAACAACCGUCGUUGAAUUCACGUCCAAUGUAAAGUUUUUGAUAAGUUCAUUAUUCCGUUAGCACGUAAUUUGACAGUGAACUGACAAAAAAUAUCAAUUUUUAUCAUGCUGUGGGAAAAGUAAGUUUUAAUACGCAUCGCGUGGGUAAAUCAUCCCUUUUCCACAUAUGAUGGAAAAAUCGUUCAAUGCUCGUGAGAAGAGUAGUUUUUGUUAUAGAGCAGGUAUGGUGACAUCUUUCUCUGAAAUAGACAGUCGACGAGAUGAUGGUAAAAUUACCUCAAUUAAAAAGGAUUGAUCGAUUUAAAGUUUUCUUUUUGUCAAAUGAAAAUGUAGAAAACUAUUUUUUGUAGAUGAUGGAAUUAUUAUCUAUAAUAAUUAUCUUAUGAUAUUUUUGUCGUAAAUCACUUUUCAUCGAUACGUCAAUUAGUCUGUAUUUUCGUUUCAAAUACAUCUCUUUCCUUUUAAUUUAUAUUUCAGUGCAUUUUAUGAAAUGAUAACUCCAGCGCGGACUUUCAAUGAAGCAAUCAUGAUAAAACAUAAGGAUUGAAAUGAAUUUUCUAUUCAUCUUUAUCCAUUCAUAAUAACUCAAAGCAUUUCACCCUGUUCUACCAUACGAUCACAUAAAAAAAAAACUAAAUCCAAAAAAUUUCUGAAUCUAAGAAAAAAAAAAUUGAGAUUAUAAUCUUAAAUCGGGAGUGAAAAAUUGUAAGCUAAUGUACAGAUUUUUUAACUGGUUUUAUUACUGUAGGCAUCUGCUGUAAGAAAAUAUCCAAUUCGAAUAAUCACCAACAAGAGAACGAAUUUUAAUGGAGUAACGUAAUAAACGUAACAAGUCAAGUGAAAAAAAAACAUUUUCCUUAAUUAUCCAGUUGAACCAAUCUCAUCGAUAAAAAAGACUUUUGAAUGAAAGUGUUUCGCGACCUUUCAUGUAGUUGAUGAAAUUUUCCGUUAGCAAAUGUCUCUCAACAUUUUUAUCGGAACUGUAAAAUUACUUAGAUAAUGACAUAAUUUACAAAAUUGACAUAAAUCUGCUUGUUAAUUUUUAUCACUUCACUACUGAAUUAGCUAAUAAAGUAUGUACAUAAACAGAAUUUGAAUGAACGAGUGAUAACUCUGAUGACAACGCAAAGACCAGCAUGUAGAGAAGUUAAUUAAUCUUAAUUAAUUGUGAACAUCACUAUAAAAAAAAUCGCAGAAGAGAUAGGCACAAUGAUUUAAUGGAUUAAGGUGGGGAGGGGACAUUUAUGAGUUUCGAAAGUCUUCGAUAGACCCAGAAUCUCAUUGGGAGAAUUUUUAUGUACAAUGAGAUAUUCAAAUCGUUUUUGUUCCAUAUAUCCUCAGACAAUGACCUUAAGGUAUGUAUGGAGCUAAAUAGGUUUGUUUAAUCUUUCUAACUGUCCAACUGGCCAUCGUAAAUAAAAAGCUCCCCAAUGGGUCUUUAUUUCUAUCUAAUGCUUCCAAAAUUUACCGAUGCACUUCUUUAAAUGAAAGUCUAUAAAAAAGAAAAUUGUGGAGAACUAUUGAUUACAUUUAAUCAUCGAAAUCAAUUAAUUUCAUCACAUUGGAAACAAUUCAUCAUCUAGAAAUGGAAAAUAUCUUUCGUCGUAAUUAAUUGUAUAUUCGUGCAAAAUGGCUCAGUAAGUGUUGUAAAAACCUCUCAUUGACAUACUAAUCACGAUAAUAAGAAAAUAAUAUUAACAAAUGAAUAGUAAUGAUGAUGAAUAAAUAUAGUUGUCAUUGACGAUAUGAUACGUAUAUAUAAUAUCUAUUAAUGGAAAAAUUCGGAAGAGUGCAAACGUUUAUAGAAAUAAACAGAGAUUACGUGAAACACAAGCCAAGUAUCAAUGUACAUCAAUAAAGGAUGUUUAUUUUUGUAAAUAAUCAUUAAUUAUCAACUAAUUCCCUGCCUUAAUGGAGAAACAGUAAUAUUCAAUAUUUAUUACUAUUGGAGACUAUGAAAAAAAUUUGAGGGUUUUGGAGAGGAAUGAAUUUCAUGGGCUUGGCCUAACAUAAUUUACAAGAUUAUUUUCUAUAUUGAACAGUGAUUGGACAACACUCUGAAACGUUUCGCACGAACAUCUAACGAUUGAUCAUAAACUUUUGGGCGUUAGAAUGAAUCCAUAGUGAAAUGGAGAAGAUUUUGGACAUUGGUUUAUAAUUUGUUUGAGCGUAUUUUGCAAACUAGGGAAUUGGAGAACAAAUACGUCUUAAAUUGUUCUUUUAGUGAGAAAUUUGAUUUGACAUGUUUUAUCAGCGACUGAACAUUUACUUCAUAAUAUGACUUGUAUGUAUACGAUGUAUUCAAUUUAUUUUUCAUAUUUGAUACUUUGCAUUGGGAUUUAUCAUCUUAAUGACACGAUGUGCAGAUUUAAUUUGCCAAAAAUGGGAAUGGAAACACUGGAAUUUAAAUUUGUAAAUGUUUGAAUUAGUGCGAUGCAUUAUUCAUGUAUAAUUCCGGAUAACAUAACAUCCCUAGAAAUUGGACUCCGGUUGCCGAAUUUUUUCUCCUUAAAUUUUUAAUAUUAUGAAUAAUAUCUCGGAUUUUCAAAUUGAAAAGUCAGAGGCUUGAAUAGGGAGACGUGAGAUUGAGAUUGUACCGAGCAUUUUUGAGGAGAAUUCAAUAUAUCUCGCGUUCCUGGUGGAUUCAUCAUUUAAGAUUUGGCCAACUGUCGAUUGUGUAGUAGUUCAGUAUCUCGAUUCACAUCUCCGCAGGUCUCACUCUCACUCGAGUCUUACUGGAAUGUUAAUCGAGAUCUCAGAUCACAGAUCCGAAUCGACCUCCACACCAUCGAUCUUUGCUUGGAUCUGUGUAGAUCCGAAUCGAACUCCACUCGAAUGUUAAUCACGAUUGUCACAGAUCCGAAUCAAAGGCCACUCGGAGUCAAAUCGAGAUACUGAUCAACUCGAUUUUAUAAUCGAUGAUUAUACACCGAUUAUCACCAGUUUUCAAUCCAUAAAAGAACAGUAUAUUGUUUUUUAAAAACUCGUGCAAGUCCCAUUUUAAUGCCUUGAGCAUUCGUUCCCCGACAAAUAAAUUAGUUCAAUCAUUGAACGAAUUUGAAUUCCAGUGUAUUUAGUUUAAAUGAAAGAUCCGGGGUUUCUCUAGACAAAUUACUGAAAUGAUUGAAUAAUUAGACUGCCAAGAUUUGACAAGUUGCAUAGAUCAAACCAGUCGUUAAAGGGAAUUUGUCAAACAUAAAAAUAUGACGUUAUCCAAUUCCCUUGGAGGGAGCUCACGAGAUUUUGUAUGAAAUGUUUCUCUUCACAUUUUCCCCUAAACCUCACUGGAGUAAACAACUAUUUAAAUUCAUUUUACAGUUGUACUACUCACAUGAAUGAAUGGGUACAAAUUUUUUAAUAUUUCACAAGCGUAAAGCGAGCGAUUUGAAUGAUGAGAAAUGAUAAUUGUAAAACUAUCGUAGAGAAAAGAAAUAUUUGCAUUUUAAUUCCUCAUUUAUUAUUAAUUUGUUAAUUAUAGUAAUGUGAAGUGAAUAAUCAUUUCCGAGAAAAUAAAAACAUUCUUAAGACGUUAAUGAAUGUAUCUAAAUCGCUUUAUUUUAUGUUAGUCCGUGAUAAGUCAAGAAAUACAAUGAUUUUUGUAAAUAUACGACGAAUGAAAAUUUUUGUGGAAAAAUAACGUAAUAAAUAUUAUGAAUUUUUCUUUAUCUUUCGUUUAACUGUAACGAAAGACGAACAUAUGGUUUUCUCAACAAAUCUACUUGUGUUCUAUAUGGAAAACAUGACGAGUGAGUGUUGAUAAUACGAGUGACCAUUUUAUGAGUAAAAGUGUUGUAGAAGUGCGAGAAAAUAUUUAAUUAUAAUAAAUUUAAAUUUAGAAGAAA